CCUACUACGGCUCGCUUCGGAUGCAUUUUGCUUUGCCGGGGGUGUUUUGUGUUUUCCAUUGUAGCCAGAUAUGGGCGUGUUUCGCCGCAUUCGGCAUUCUGUGCUUCGUGAUCGUCCGAAGUGUCUGAUGCGCUGUUCGUUUGAUGUGACCUCCUCGAGUCAUCUUUGCGGAUCAGUGUAAGGCUCUUGUCUUGCUGGGCCGUGGUGUUUGUUUGUUUGGUUCGGUCGCCUUGCAAUGGUGCGAUGGUCGUGCGCUGCUGAAGACAACGGCAUACCAAGCUGUGGCUGCAAUGUAUCCUGUGUACACGAAUCUCAAUUCUGGAUGGGUCGGCUUAAGCGAGGCUCCUGGAACGCAAUCUGCCGCACCAUGGCAGAGACACGUGACUGCGGCUAUGUGUACUAUGCCAUUGCCCAGCUUCCCUUAUUCGCACCAAGACGAGAACUUUGUGGUUGCUGCCCUCUUUUGUGCUGUGGAGGAAGGUAACUUGGCUGGUCUGGAAGAACUCUUCUCAAUGUCCAAUAUCAACCCCAAUCAAAGCAAUAAGCAUGGAGAAACAGCUGUCCACGUUGCCUGUGGCCUGGGUCAAAUGUCAAUACUCAAACUGUUGCAUUCCAAAGGAGCAAACCUCAAGCUUACAGAUUCUCACGGGGACAGUGCCAUAUAUUGGGCAGCACGACAGGGUCACACGGACAUUAUUCAGUACCUCUGGGAGCACGGAGUCUCGGUCGACUGUCAGAAUAAAAUCGGAGAGACGGCUCUUCAUGUAGCAGCGCGCUAUGGCCAUAGACCCGCAGUCAAGUUGCUCUGUUCAUUUGGCGCAAAUGUCAACAUGACAGACGAGCACGGUGACACGGCACUGCACAUAGCGGCCUGGCACGGGUUCCCCACCAUAAUGCACGUCCUGUGUGAGGCGGGCUCGCACACUCAUCUCAGGAAUAAGGAAGGUGAGACUGCUCUUCAUACAGCUUCUGCUCGAGGUCACAUAGAGAGCGUUCGUUGCAUCUUAGAGGCUGGAGCUGAUCCAGAUGUUCCAGAUAAGCAUGGGUGUACUGCACUCCAUCUAGCACUCAGAAGGCAUCAUGUUCCAAUCGCCUUACUUCUCCUACAUAAUGGGUGCCAGACAGACAUUAUAGACAAUCACGGUGAGGCGCCAAUCCACGUGGCUGCCCGUGACGGACUGUUGCCAUUGGCCCAAACGCUUUGUGCGUUUGGUUGCAAAGUAGAUGUGCCAAACAAAGCCGGGUUGUAUCCCCUCCAUCUGGCCGCCAAAAAUGGGCAUACAGAAGUGGUUCGUUGUUUAUGCCUUGCUGGAUGUACUGUAGACCAAAAGAACAAGGAUGGCAUUCCAGCUGAGAUAACUGCUCUUGCUCAAGGACACAGUCACAUUGGCGAUCUGUUGAACAGGUUAAGAAAUGAGCAGCUCAAAGAGGAGUACAUAACCCAAAUGAUACCAGGAACGCAACCUUUGUCCCGUAUCAAGCUGAAAGUUUUCGGUCACAGUGGGGCGGGCAAGACAUCACUGUUAGAGUCUCUUAAGUGUGGGUACUUCAGCAGUUGGUUUCGAAGAUCCAAAAGCUCUCCAACAUCACCCAAGCAGAGGCCAGGUUCUGUGGCACACAGCAGUCGUUCGAGUACACCCGGAAUGGACGAGUUUAUUGUCGACACCGACAGUGAGAACAACAUCAGGACGAUUGACAUGAAUGACUCUCACAAUUCCAACGAGCUCGACAAAGCACUUACAACUCCCCGCCCUGCCAAACGGCCUGCUAUGCAAGACGUCUCGCCCGUUUCAUUUACCACAACAAAUGCAAACUACACACGAGGAAUUGAUGUUCAGCAGGUGACCGUUUCUGGAGUAGGUGAUCUAAGCCUUUGGGAAUUCUCUGGUCAUGAACCAUACCUGCUGCUGUAUGACCACUUUGUUGGGAAUGCUCACUGCAUGCACAUCGUGGUCUUUCGUGUGACGGACCCACUGGAUGUCUCUGUGAAACAAGUGUGCUUCUGGCUUUCAUGCCUGCAGGCCAGGUCACCACCAGUUGAGCCCCUAGGUCUUGGAGGAAAGAGUGCCGUUCCACUGAAGGUGGCCCUAGUUGCGACACAUGCUGACAUCCUGAACGGCCCGACUCCAAAUCGGAACCAAAACGGGGAACAUCCGCAGCAAUCUAACGCUGCAGAAUCUGAUGCUAAUGCUGUGCUUGCUGCUGUGCGCAAGAGGUUUCAGCAUGUGUUUGACUUGCACGAAUCAGUCUUUGUGCUGGAUGCCAAUGUUGUGGGUUCCCCGGCAAUGAAAUCUCUGAAACAGUAUCUGUCAAACCUCAGAGCAAGAAUAAUUCCGUGCCUUCCAAAGAGUACGGGGUUUCUGGAAUCUAUGGUGCUCCACCUUCCGAACUGGCGCAAGUCAUCACCCUCCUUUCCUGUUCUGACUUGGCGGCAGUUCAUGGACAUGGUGCAUAUUCAGGUUAAUCCUCUAGCUGGAGAGGAACAUAUGCGUGAACUCAUCCACCAGCUUCAGCUCAUGGGAGAGGUGCUGUAUAUCAAGGCAGGGAAUGAGGAUAUGGUGGUGCUUAAUCCAAAAUGGCUUUGUGGCUCAGUUAUUGGUGAGCUGCUGUCUCAAGAGCAGCUCGAACAAGCUCGUGUCACUGGGUGCUAUACUGUGGAAGACUUCCAGUUGAAAUUUCCAGAGACAGACUCGGUUGAUGUGCUUCAGGUUCUAGAAAAUCUCAAGAUGUGUACCCAAUGUGAUAAUGAUGGAGAUGUGGAGUAUGAGUUCCCAUGCUACAACUUUGUGGAAACCUUAGAUGGCCUGUGGGACAAGACAGAUCCUCGUUACAUCAACGGAGUUUAUUGUGGUGUGCAUGUGCUCCCAUUUGACGACUUUCCUCAUAUGUUGGCCAGCAUCUUCCCCAGGAUACAAGUUCAGCUGCGGAGAGCUUCGAUGGAGCACGCCGACCCUGACGUGGACCUCUACCAAUGGUUAAGAGGCAGCAAAUUCUGCAGUGGAGUCUUGGAAGGAAUGCUUACGCUAGCUGAGCAGGGAGAAGCUCUUGAAGUCAUGGUUAGGGGACCUCAUGGUUCAGCCUCCAACUGCUUCUACUUCCUGGAAGACCUCCUCACCGUUGUCGACGAUGUCUUGAGUGAAAUUUGUCCCGGGGCUCAGUUCGAACGCCACCUACUAAGUGCCACGGAUCUUCGCAACCACGUUCCUUGUCCCGCUCGAUACCCAGCCCGUCAGGUAAUGCGUGCCAUGCUCUCUGGCGGGGGCCUGGAUGCCUGCGUCUGCCAUCCCCAGACGGGUGCUCAGGAAUUAAUCGCGGACCUGCUCUGCUGCCACGACCUGACACCAGGUGGAACUCUCGUCUGUGGACCGCAGGCCCAUGCGUCACAGCUCUCACUGCUCACGCGACAGAGGUUGGGAGCCGCCUUGGAUCCUCCAGAGAAGUUGGGGCGGGACUGGUGUCUGUUGGCGGUGCAGCUCGGAAUGACCGACAGGCUGCCGGAACUCGACCCGAGCAGUGGGGCAAACUGUAAAUCGGAGGGGGCAAAGCAGAGGAGUCCAAUAGCGAGACUUUUGGGCGAGUGGACUUUAGUCAUGGACAGCACAAUGGGUCACCUCGCCAGGGCUCUGGAUGAGCUCGGAAGAGAAGAUGCAGCCGAUAUUGUCCUUGGGACAUCGCCCCUUAUUAAAGUCAACGCACCUCCGCCUGCGGCAAGCAGGGAUGAGAUCAGGAAUGGGACAUCUGCGGUGUCUGCUGCUUCGAGUUCCAAUAUCUCACGGCAUCAAGAGAAACUCAUAGACAAUUUCUUAAACUCUUUUUGCAAUGAAAAUAGGUUUCAUUCUUCAGUGCAGUGGCCGGGAUAUGACAGAGUGUGUUGAUAGAGAUUUCAUUGUGAUACAUAUUUAUUCACCAAGUGCGUACCAUGAAAGUGCUUAUGAUAUUCAGCCAAUCUUUCCAUCUUUCAUGUUGGUGCAGUGUGCAAAGUAGGUAAGACUAUGCGUGAGUGAACGGGGAUUUACCCAAUAUCUUCAUCCAAGGGGGCAACGGAAAUUUGUACUGGGGUCAUGACACCAGCAUAACAGCUAACAUCGGGAAGGGGAGGGGGUAUGACGGGGGAAAUCCCUGCGAGUCGGCAUCGCUGAACAACGUGUCUGGAAAAUUUUCUUAUCUCUAAUGGUGCUGUAACCCAUAUGCAAGACUUUUUCUAUCUUGAAACUACACUGUCAGUAGCAUGCUGCAAGUAUUGCAUAUUAAAGAGAGCUUUUUGGCUCGCACUAGGAAGCUGUAUGUCAGUCACAUACAGUUUGGACUGGGCAUGCUACCACACUUUUUUUUAUGCUAAGAAGCCUUAACUGUGCCAAUCAUCAUGUCAUUAAGUAUUGAAUUUCAUUGCCAUUGUCAUACUGAAUCCUUUUAACAGUCAUCCUCAGGCUACUUAGGUUCUCGUUGUUCUGUACGAGGGCCAUCGAUUGAGCUUGUGUCGGUGUGUUUAGUAUUCUAUGUCACUAGUCAGUAUCAAAAUUAAGAUCAUUUAAACAAUAUUUGAUAAUUGAGAGUUACAUAGCAGAGCACAUUAUUUAUGUGCUAUUUUAAAAUAUAUGCCUUUAACAAUCAUCAUCACUUUCAACUAUGUAAACAUUUUGGGGCAGUUGCAGUGAAGUUUUGGGUCUAUGCAAAAUUAUAUCAAGGUACAAGUACGAAUACACAUAUUAUGUACAUUUUGUGUGAUGCCAUUUUGUGUGAGACACAUUCAAUAAAAUUGAAGAAAUUGUCUUCAACCAUGUA